GCCGGCCGGGGCCGGCCGCUGCCGGCACCAUGCACACCGUGCAGAAGGACACCACCUUCACCAAGAUCUUCGUCGGGGGGCUGCCCUACCACACCACCGACUCCUCCCUCAGGAAGUACUUCGAGGUCUUCGGGGACAUCGAGGAGGCGGUGGUGAUCACGGACCGGCAGACCGGCAAAUCCCGGGGAUACGGCUUUGUGACCAUGGCAGACAGAGCUGCUGCUGAAAGGGCUUGCAAAGACCCAAACCCCAUCAUUGACGGCAGGAAAGCAAAUGUGAACCUGGCGUAUUUGGGAGCAAAACCAAGGAGUAUUCAAACUGGUUUUACCAUAGGUGUGCAGCAGCUACAUCCAGCCUUCAUUCAGAGACCCUUUGGACUGACACCCCACUACGUGUACCCCCAGGCCAUCCUGCAGCCCAGCGUGGUGAUCCCCACCCCCGUGCAGUCCAUCACGUCCCCCUACAUCGACUACGCGGCCGCCGGCCAGGCCUACUCGCAGUACAGCCCUGCCUACGAGCAGUACCCCUACGCCGCCUCCCCCCCCCCGUCACAGCAGGCCUGGUGCCAGGCAGGGCUGCGUUUCUGGCAUCAGCAUCUGCUGCUGGUUCAGGUGGUGAUGCCUAAAGCCAUCCUGGGGGAAGAGGAUGCCAAAGCAGAGGCACUGUGGCUGCCCUGGGGAGCUUAA